AUGUGUGGGUAGUGAUUAGCAGUAAAGCGUGAUUAGAAGAAACAUCUCUCGAGAAGAAGUAUACGGCUGUCCAAAAAGGCUGUCAAAAAGGCUGUCAAAAAGGCUGUCAAAAAGGCUGUCACAAGGCUGUCAACACAUCUUUUAACCUAUUAACCUUUACGACGUUGCUAAUUUCUUUAGAUUGUUGCAUCGCUGGGACACAGUGUGUUGUAACACGUGAGAGAUCCUAACUGAUUUACAUUUACUUUAUCUUUCUUUAUCUUUCUUUAUCUUCCUUUAUCUUCCUUCCUUCCUUCCUUCCGCUCUUCCGCCCUUCCCUCUUUCCAUCCUUUCGUUCUUUUCGUAUUUGGAAAUACAGGUGAGGGAGAGAUUCCUCGUUGUAGGAAAGAAGAAACUUCGAUCCAGCACUUUGGGCACCUUCCGAGAUGCCUGCACCAACGUCAGCGGCGGGUGCGGCCGAAAAUGGCCCACCUCGCACCGAAUUGCAAGAAUUACAGCUAAAGGCCGACCAGACCACCGAUGAGUCCCUGGAGAGUACAAGGCGUAUGCUGACGCUAUGCGAAGAGAGCCACGAGGUCGGGAUGAAAACACUCGUUAUGCUGGACGAGCAAGGCGAGCAAUUGGAUCGAAUCGAGGAGGGCAUGGACCAAAUCAAUGCGGACAUGCGAGAGGCCGAGAAGAAUCUUACUGGGAUGGAAAAAUGCUGUGGGCUCUGUGUUCUUCCCUGUAACAAGAGUGCAAGUUUCAAGGAAGACGAGGGAACGUGGAAGGGCAACGACGACGGUAAGGUCGUUAAUAAUCAGCCACAACGCGUGAUGGACGAACGCAAUGGAUUAGGCCCUCAGGGUGGGUACAUAGCUAAGAUCACCAACGACGCGCGAGAAAAUGAAAUGGAAGACAACAUGGGUCAGGUAUCAACGAUGAUCGGCAAUCUCAGAAAUAUGGCAAUCGAUAUGGGCAGCGAGCUCGAGAAUCAAAAUCGACAAAUCGACAGGAUCAACCGGAAGGGCGACUCAAACCAGGCAAGGAUACAGGUGGCCAACGAGCGAGCCCAUCAACUGCUCAAGUAAAGACACCAAUCACGACCAUCUCUCUCUGCACCCCCGUUUUGGCCACCGUCAUCACCUACUAGUACUAUUACUAUUACAACAACAACAACAACAACAACAACAACAACAAAAUACAAUACCCAGCACCAAGACAAGUACCAUCAGCACAACUAUUACUUACAAUUGACAACACUAUAUACGUUCUUCUUUUUUCCUUAUUUCCUUACAGUAUUACUAUUAAUAUUAUUAUCCGCUGUAAGAUACCACGUCGAAAGGAUAAACGGAAUGAAAAUGAGAAGCAAUAUAUUAUCUGCGAUAAUUGUUUUCUUUUAUCUUUAAACAAGAUUUACCCGCAUUUCUUUUAUGUGCUAUUUUUUAAACUCGAUUUUUGCGAUUGUAGUUUAUUUGAAAAACAAAGAAAAAAGAGGUAAAUAAAAUCCGUUCGAUGAAUCAUUUUCUUUUUUUUUUUUUGAUCGAUAUUAAUAAUAAGACGCGUGAGAAGCAUAUCGCUUGAUUAAACUGUCAUUUUCCGUACUUAAGGAAACCUUCCUUCCUUCCUUCCUUCCUUCCUUCCUUCCUUCCUUCUUUCCUUCCUUAGUCAAGGAUGCGUCUUAGAAACUAUAGCAAUGCUCUCUUACGGUGUCUAACAUCGUAUCCCCGUCCAUCCAAUAAAAAAAUAUAUAUUUAUUUAUUUAUUGUUUACUCGCGUUCUCACACUUUACACAAUGUACAUACGCAACUCGCACACAGAUAAUCACACGUUAUACACGUACACACGUCUUAGGUUCAUCCUACCUUUUACCGAACCGAACGUCGCUUCAAAAAAUGGA